AUGUGCCAAAUCGUGUCGCCGCGGUGCUGCCACUGCGGCCUCGCCCAGCAGACAUUCCCUAUUGUAUGCAAGUUCUUCAUGCUGCUGGCCCGCCACGCGGUGAGGUAUAACCAGCCGCACUGGAUGCCCGACCCAUGGCGAUGCCAUUACGCCAAAAAAGUUCAGAAACCGGUUCUCUCUGGCUGCAGAAACAACCACCCCUCCAUGUCUCGGUUUGAUACCAUGCUGGUCAGGUUUGGAGAUAUCGAAACCGAGCAGAGUCGCCGCGUGAGAGAAUUCGCCGCAAGAAAGCUCUUCGAAAGAUACAAGAAGACCUUUGCCGAUCAGAACUUUGCCAAGACGGUCCCGCCUCCACGAGAGAAGCCUGUGCCCUUCUUGAUCGCAGCUGCACGGGUUGUUGAAGUGACAUCGGAAACCGACUUGGAAACCGACUCCGAUGAGGACGGCAUUGAGAUGCCACGCGGAAGAAAGUUCACUUGGGGUGAACGAAACUCUCGAGCCCGUGCCGCAGCCAGAACGAAUGCGACUCUCCGAUACGCACGCAACCACCCAAGUGGAACUACUCUCGCCUCUGGUAUCCCAAGCCGUAUCACUCUUGCUACUCGCAACUCCUCUGGCAGCCUUUCGGACGGGGACAACGUGCCACCAGCAGACCUUCUUGUGGAUGUUGUACCUGAAAACGGAUAUCAGGGCCGUCCAAGACGCAUGGUGGAGUUCAGCGGCCUAGACUCAACGAUGGCACUGACACGCGGAAACCCACUCAUCACUUGUUACGGUCGCGCAGCUCCCAGAACCGCCCCCGACUUCGUUACCCGAGUCGAAAUCUGCAGCCAGCCACAGGGCAAGGCUACAAAAAUCCUAGAAGGUGUUAUCGACAAAGACGGUGCGACGAAGUCACCGUCAGGAUUCGCACGCAUGGUGGAGUUCAGCGGCCUCAACUCAACGGUGGCACUCACACGCGGAAAGCCACUCAUCACUUGUUACGCCCGCGCAGCUCCCAGAACCGCCCCCGACUUCGUUACCCGAGUCGAAGUCUGCAGCCAGCCACAGGGCAAGGCUGCCAUACUCCUCGAAGGUGUUGUCGACAGAGACGGCGCGACAGAGUCACCGUCAGGAUUCGCACGCGCGGUGGGGAUGAUCCGAGACUUCUUUUCUGCUGGCCUUUGAGCUUCGAGUGGUUUUCAUUGCGGAUUUCUGGAGUUUGAGGGUAGACAGGAGAGCGGACAGGCGCACUUUGGAACACAGUGAUUCGGAGUCGAGAACUCGCAUCACGGUCAGAUACCCGUCGUCGAAUGACGACCCAUGAUUUGCUUUUGGAUUUUGCUCUGGAUAGAGCCUCUAAUGAUAUUGCAUGGACUUUCUUACGGGCUUCUGGACAGCCCUCGGACGGUCCUCGGUACGGUGCCUGGUAUGGCCCUGGUAAAGGCUUGCAUUGCACUUGCAAUAAUAGUUGUUUCUAAUUUUAGAGUAGCAAAUGCCUGAGCGCUCUAAGUACUCUAUCGUUAAUGCAAUCAUUGACUUGGUGAUGCCAGAUCUGGUAUUCACGGACAUCCC